UGCCAAAAACCCUAGCCCCGCCCGCCGCCGCCACUCCUCACCCUCUCCCAAACCCUACCCACACCCUCGCCGCCGCCGGUCGCAGCCAUGCCGCCGAAGCUCGACCCGUCGCAGGUGGUGGAGGUCUUCGUCCGCGUGACGGGCGGCGAGGUCGGCGCGGCGUCGUCGCUGGCGCCCAAGAUCGGCCCGCUCGGUCUCUCCCCGAAGAAGAUCGGAGAGGACAUCGCCAAGGAGACGGCCAAGGACUGGAAGGGCCUCCGCGUCACCGUCAAGCUCACCGUCCAGAACCGCCAGGCCAAGGUCUCCGUUGUGCCCUCCGCCGCCGCGCUCGUCAUAAAGGCGCUCAAGGAACCGGAGAGGGACAGGAAGAAGGUCAAGAACAUCAAGCACAGUGGUAACAUCAGCCUCGACGACGUCAUCGAGAUCGCCAGGACCAUGAGGUCUAGGUCCAUGGCCAAGGAGUUGGCCGGCACUGUCAAGGAGAUCCUCGGCACCUGCGUCAGCGUCGGAUGCACCGUCGACGGCAAGGACCCCAAGGACCUGCAGCAGGAGAUCGACGACGGCGAGGUCGAGAUCCCCUCAGCUUGAAGGCUAGACAUUUCUAUGGAGAUAAUCAGUGGUGCUGCUGAAGUGGUGCUUUGUUCUGCAUGAUGUUGAUGUACCUCACUAAACAACGCGAUUCCAUCUAUUUUUGUCUAGUUCUAGUAGUGUUGUCUUCUGAGAGACCUCAAUGUUAUUACUGGAUCCUUUUCCAAUUUUGGAAGUCUAGAAUGGAGAGUUUCAAUGCCUCUGCAAUGGAAUCCAAGCCUCGUUUAGGGCUUUUUGGA